CGUCUCUUUUCACCUACAAAAACCCUAAGCCCAAAAAUCUCCAUCCCCCCCGCCCCCAGAGAUCCCCCAAUCCACUCGAUUCGAUCCAAUCCGGCGAGGUACAGGAUGCUGCCGGGGUCGGCGGCGCCGGCGGCUGGGAGCGGCAUGUUCGUGCCAACGCAGACGGUGGGCACGGUGCUGUGCUGCAUCUGCGGCGUGGCGAUGCAGCCCAACCCGGCCAACAUGUGCGCGCGCUGCAUCCGCGCCCGCGUCGACAUCACCGAGGGCGUCCCGCGCCACGCCGCCGUCGUCUACUGCCCCGACUGCACCUCCUACCUCCAGCCGCCGCGCUCCUGGCUCCGCGCCGGCCCGGAGUCCCCCGAGCUCAUGCAGAUCCUCCUCCGCCGCCUCAACCGCCCCCUCGCCCGCCUCCGCGUCUCCCUCUCCGCCGCCGAGUUCGUCUUCUCCGAGCCCCACUCCAAGCGCCUCCGCCUCAAGCUCCGCCUCCGCCGCGAGGUCUUCAACGCCGUCGUCCUCGAGCAGACCCACCCCGUCGAGUUCACCGUCCACGAUCGCCUCUGCGAUGCCUGCGCCCGCGCCCAGUCCAACCCCGACCAGUGGGUCGCCGUCGUCCAGCUCCGCCAGCACGUCCCGCACCGCCGCACCUUCCUCUACCUCGAGCAGCUCCUCCUCAAGCACGGCCAGGCCUCCCUCGCCCUCCGCGUCGCCGCCGCCCCCGGCGGCCUCGACUUCUUCUUCGGCUCCCGCUCGCACGCCGCCCGCCUCGUCGACUUCCUCGCCACCGUCGCCCCCGUCCAGACCCAGACCGCCAAGCAGCUCGUCUCCCACGACACCAAGAGCAACGUCUACAACUACAAGCACACCUUCUCCGUCGAGAUCUGCCCCAUCUGCCGGGAGGACCUCAUCGCCCUUAGCCCUCAGGUGUCCCGCGAUCUUGGAGGCCUUGGACCUAUCGUCCUCUGCAUCAAGGUCACCAAUGCCAUCGCUCUGCUUGACCCCCUCACCCUGCGUGUGCACCACCUCGAGGAAAAGAAGUACAGGGUCUACAACUUCAAGGCUGCUCUCACCAGCAAGCAGCUCGUCGAGUACAUCGUGCUAGACAUCGAGCACGAGUCACCAGAGAUUACCAUUGACGGAUCUCGCUACCAGUUGGCUUAUGCCCAGGUCGCCCGGGUCUCCGACUUUGGGAAAAACGACACCAUGUUCACCGUGCGGACUCAUCUUGGCCACCUGCUGAAUCCUGGAGACCUUGCCCUUGGGUAUGAUCUUUAUGGUGCCAACUUGAAUGAUGAUGACAUGGACACAGCUAUGAUGCGCCACAGUCUGCCUGAAGUCAUUCUUGUUAAGAAGAGCUUCGCCAAGAGGCCACGCACACGCCGAUGGAAGCUGAAGAGGCUUCCAAUGGAGGAAGAUGCUGUAAAUAAGGCCAAGGGGGAGCUAGAGAAGAGGGCUGAUGAGUAUGAGGAGUUUCUCAGGGACUUGGAGCACAACUCUGAUAUUAGAUUCCAGAUUGAUCUAUACAAGGAUGAGGACUACAGGUCGGAGAUGGCAUCUACUAUUGGUGAUGAUGUUCCCACUGUGCCGAUUGAGGAACUAAUUGAGGACCUAAGUCUUGGUGAUGAUGAGGAGGAGGAUGAAGGUGGGGAAGGCAACCAACAUGCUGUUAUGGUGGGAUGAGUUAAUAUGUUUACCUGUGCUGUGCUUCUGCCUUCUGGUGAUGGUUGCUGCCAACCGCAGAUCAUAGGUCUGAACUGCAUCUGUUUAAUCCGUAUAAGUUUUGUUCUCCCCUUUACUUCUAUAAGUUAUAAGUUUUGUUGCUAAAUUGUUUCAACUUUUGCUGUUUCUCAUGAUAGAUGUUGUAUCACCUUAUCCUGUAUCUGGUGUUGCAGCUUGGCUUAAAUUAUAUUUCUCUAUUCUUAUUGUCUGUGAUAUGUUGUUUUCUUGCCAUAGUGUGGCUGAUCACAACAUAUCUUAAAAUAGAUGCAUUGUUUGAUUUCCAAAACAUCUAGUUUGGUGUUUAGAUUGUGCCAGAUUCAUAUUUUUACUAUAUGUUUUUAGUCCCCA